AUGAAGAUAACGGGGGUCUUCGUGAAGGCGGCUCUAGCCCUUUGCUGCUACUUGGGUGCUGCCUUUGGAGUUGAGGUUGAUUGCAGCCAGUAUUCCAGUCACGUCACCAAGGAUGGGACGGUCUUGAUAAUUUGCCCAAGGAACCUGAGUCCAGUCUGUGGCACUGAUGGCAACACGUACAGCAACGACUGUGGGAUCUGCUUCCACAAUGGUGAACAUGGGACCAAUGUGAAGAAGGCACAUGAUGGAAAAUGCGAGCCAAAAUCUAUUGUGAUUGAUUGCAGUAAGUACAAAAGAACUGAACUAGAUGGCCAUGUCCUGGUAGCAUGCCCAAGGAUCCUGGCACCAGUCUGUGGCUCAGACAGCCAAACUUAUGAAAACGAAUGUGGGUUGUGUGCCUAUAAUGCACAACAUGACACCAACGUUACCAAAAUACAUGAUGGAGAAUGCAGACACGAGUUGGCAGUUGACUGCAAUCAGUACCCAUCAGUAGUCACUGAUGAUGGUAAAGUUUUAGUAGCCUGUCCAAGGAUUCUAAGUCCAGUUUGCGGCACAGAUGGCAUCACGUAUGAUAAUGAAUGUGGGAUCUGUGCCCACAAUGGAGAACACAGGACCCAUGUUAGUGUGAAGCAUAGUGGAAAUUGCAGAACCAAGUCUUCCGAAAUUGAUUGCAGCCAAUAUGCCACAAGAACAUUUAAGGGUGGUAAGCCCCAGGUGAUCUGCCCAAGGAUCCUGCUCCCAGUCUGUGGCACAGAUGGAUUUACUUAUGACAACGAAUGUGGUGUCUGUGCCCAUAACGUAGCACUUGGGACUCAUGUGAAGAAAAGCCAUGAGGGAAGAUGCAAGAAGGAAAGUACUCCUGUUGAGUGCAGUGCAUACGUGAGCAAAACUGAAACUGGGGAAGAACUCAUAGCCUGCCCCUACAUCCUGCGUGAGAUCUGUGGGACAGAUGGUGUCACCUACAGCAAUGACUGUGCUCUCUGUGCCCAUAACAUUAAAUCUGGAACAGAUGUUUCCAAGAAGCAUGAUGGAAAGUGCAUAGAGGAUGCUCACCAACUGAACUGCACCCAGUACCCAACCGCCUCCACGAAGGAUGGCAAGCAGCUGAUGGCCUGCACCAUGAUCUACGAUCCCGUCUGCGGUACUGAUGGCGUCACUUACGCCAGCGAGUGCACACUGUGUGCCCACAACCUUGAACAUCGGACUGAUCUUGGCAAAAGAAAGAAUGGACGCUGUGAAGAGGAUGUUACAAAAGAUUACUGCAAGGGCUGGGACGUCAUCUCCCCCAUUUGCACCGCGGAAUACAUGCCCCACUGCGGCUCCGACGGCACAACCUACAGCAACAAGUGUGCUUUCUGCAACGCCUACCUGUCAAGUGGUAGGACUCUCAACCUUAUGAGUAUGACUGAGUGUUAA